CAUUUAUCUGUUUUCUUUAAAAGCAAUAGCAAUGUUGAGACAAUUAACUCGUUUAUCCAUUGCAAGAGGGGGGUCCUUGAGAUCUAGUACCCGGCUUUUGUCGGCUUCUGCCUCCAAAAUGAUGGAGACAUCAUCAAAGUUGUCUGCCACUGCUUCUAAUGUCGUCAUUGAUGCUAACACCUCCGGAUCGAUUUCGCUUAAAUCCGCCACCAGAGAUGAUUCACUCUUUGGUACAAGACCGAUCUAUCUUGAUGUCCAGGCCACUACCCCAACCGAUCCAAGAGUUCUUGACAAGAUGUUGGAAUUUUACACUGGUCUCUAUGGUAACCCUCAUUCUUCCACUCAUUCAUAUGGAUGGGAAACUGAAAAGGAAGUUGAAAAGGCCCGUUCCUACGUUGCCGAUGUGAUCAAGGCUGACCCAAAGGAAAUCAUUUUCACCUCUGGUGCCACUGAAAGUAACAAUAUGUGUAUCAAGGGUGUUCCUCGUUUCUACCGUAAAACCAAAAACCAUAUCAUCACCACUCAAACAGAACACAAGUGUGUGUUGGACUCUGCCAGACAUCUUCAAGAUGAAGGUUUUGAAGUCACUUACCUCCCAGUGAACUCCGAAGGUUUGAUUGACUUGGAACAACUUAAGGGUGCUAUUCGUAAGGAAACUUGUUUGGUGUCUGUCAUGGCUGUCAACAACGAAAUUGGUGUCAUUCAACCACUUAAGGAAAUCGGUGCCUUAUGUCGUGCCAACAAGGUCUUCUUCCACACUGAUGCUGCCCAAGCUUACGGUAAGAUCGAUAUUGAUGUCAAUGAGAUGAACAUUGAUAUGUUGUCUAUUUCCUCCCAUAAGAUUUACGGACCAAAGGGUAUUGGUGCUUGUUAUGUCAGAAGAAGACCAAGAGUCAGAUUAGACCCUAUCAUCACCGGUGGUGGUCAAGAAAGAGGUUUAAGAUCCGGAACUUUGGCUCCUCCUUUGGUUGCCGGGUUCGGUGAAGCCGCCAGAUUAAUGAAGGAAGAAAUGCAAUAUGAUCAAGCUUACAUCCACAGACUUUCUACAAAGCUUCGUGACGGUCUUUUGUCUAUCCCAGAGACCCAAUUCAACGGUAGUUUGACCGAAUCUUCUCAAUACCCUGGCUGUGUCAAUGUAUCAUUUGCCUACAUUGAAGGUGAAUCAUUGUUGAUGGCCUUGAAGGACAUUGCCUUAUCCUCCGGUUCAGCUUGUACUUCUGCCUCCUUGGAACCAUCAUACGUCUUACAUGCUCUUGGAGCUGACGAUGCCUUGGCCCAUUCCUCAAUCAGAUUCGGUAUUGGUCGUUUCACCACCGAAGCUGAAAUUGAUUAUGUCAUUAAGGCUAUUCAAGAAAGAGUUGAUUUCUUGAGAAAGAUGUCUCCAUUGUGGGAGAUGGUUCAAGAGGGGAUUGACUUGAACUCCAUCGAAUGGAGUGGUCAUUAAGGCAUUUGAUGUAUAUAGAGUGUGGAUAGUAGGAGUAUAUUGUGAUUAUUUAUAUGGACAGUGAAAUGUGUUUUGUAGG